CUCGCCUCCCCGCCCAGCCCUGGUGCCUGCUUCGGGUGAUGAAGCACUAGGCCAGCGGGCCUGCGCCAUCUCCGUUCAGUGAGCGUCCAGGGGGAGGAAGAUGCCGUCGAGGAAGCUCUGGCACAUCCUGGGGCUCUGCCUCUUAUCCGUUGGCGCUUGGGGGCAAGAAGAGAAUAAAGAAAUUGGUGACUUUCCACCUCCUCUAAAGAGAUUUAAAGUCUCCAUCUCCGGAACCAGGGUGGAGGUGACAUGUCCUGAGGACCCUGAUUCUGAACAAAUAAAAUGGGAAAGAAAUGGUGUACAACUAACCGACCAACAGGAGGAGCACCUACUACUAGACAACUUCUCCGAAAUGGAACACAGUGGCCAUUACACCUGCUACAGAGGCAACUCGAACAAUCGCAACUAUCUCUACCUAAAAGCAAGAGUGUGUGAGAACUGCAUGGAGGUGGACGUGAUGGCCGUGGCUGGGAUCAUCGUGGCCGACAUCUGCGUCACCCUCGGCUUGCUGCUGCUGGUGUAUUACUGGAGCAAGAACAGGAAGGCCAAGGCCAAGCCUAUGACCAGAGGCGUAGGUGCCGGCGGCAGGCCCGGUGCCCAUCAGGAAAGGCCAGAGGGAGCUGUACGCCGGACUGAACCAGAGAGGCGUCUGACACUCCUGAGCACCCGCCUCCCAUGGCCAGGCCUGGCUCCUCCCUCUCCAGGCACCUGCUCCACCCUGGACCCCCCAGGAGAUCUGUCCCCCUGUCCAGAGGGAACUCCCGCCUGCAGCCUGGCCCCCCCAACCUCUCUGCUGGAAGCAGGCCUAGGAUAUUGCUGCCUCGUUGUUCUUUGAAAUAUCAUCGCUACUCACCUAUCACCCUGCACGCUCGCCGGGAUAUUUACGUCUGCUCUUCGCCACCACUCCCUCCUCUCUUCUCUGGUGGCUGUUCCCUCGGCGCCCUCCUGCUCCUGCGUAUAAGUUGCCCCCAACCUCACUGUCCCACCUGCCGUUCUGCUUGUUAGCUCUCUUUUGGGGGACCCUCUGUGCGAGUGCCCUGGGUCCGCGCUGGCAGGGGGCCCGGCCCAGAGCUUCCUCUCCCCUUCUCCACUGUCCCCCCCUGCCCCCCCCCCCCCGCAAGGUCACUUCCAUCCCCGUGAACAGGCCGGGCUCCUGUGGGCGGGAGAGAGGAGAAAUAAAGUGCCCUUGGCUGAAAGAAUCGCUGUCCUCUUUUCUGGGAGGCCUUCGAAGCCGCCUUGUGUCCUGAAACAGCUCCGGUCCUUCUGCCUGUGACUGACCCCCGCUGUGGUCCCAGCGCCACUGUCUUCCCAGGGGCAGGCGUCAUCUCUCUGGAGAGAGCACUAGGGAACCAGAGAGAGAGAACAUUAGUCCUUUGACUCACUUCUCUUGGGCAAAAACAUCAAAGGUGGCAGAGUGGUCAGUUCGUACAGUGGGUGCGGCCGAAGCAGAGGCUUCAAAGGCAGAUGCAGGCAGCAGGUGACAGAGUGCAGGGCCAGGGUGGGGCGGGGGACCGAUCUCCACAGCUGCAGCACCCUCACUGCUACGGCCCUUGGACACACCCUCCCCCUCUCCGGCCUCUCUCCUCCUCUGAACAUCAGACGUGCUGAGAGGCUAACGCACGGGUCCAGGCAAAGCUGUUCCCUGGCCUGGGGCCUCGUACCACCUGCAGAGGCAGCAGCCCGCUGCUCGGCGAGGGCAGAGACGGUGUCUGUCUCCAUCCUGACUGCUCCUCGUGCCCAGAGCAGAGCCUGGCACGUGUGUGGGCUCAGUGUUGAGUGUGAGGAAAGCACUGCCCGUGGGUCAAGGCCAAGGGGACAGCCUUGGGGGCGAUCAUGACCCAGAUGCU